GUGUACACAUACAGUUAUCUUGGCAUUUGGCAGCCCCCGCACGUCUCCAGUGGAUCCAGCACCUUCCAGUUGCACUCUCCAGCCUCCCCGUCAACACAAAUUGCCUUUUCUUUGGCCCGAAUUGCACAUUUUGUUUACCUUUUCAGAUAUUGAGGCAUUUUGCAGAUAGAUCCAGUAUGUACUAGUGGUGGCAGACUACAACCUAUCGACUGGACCAUUGCCCAGUUGCCUAUCGAUGGUACACGCACACACACACACAAUUCUUCUUUCGGUUUGUUGACAAAAUCCAUGGAUAAUGAAUACCGACGAGCGCAAUUUUCGAUCCAGCUAUUAUGAGAAAUGCCUUAUCAACAGCGUCGAGGAGAACAAGUCGCUGAACAAGCUGCUGGAGGAUGACAUACGCAACCUAAACAAGUUGAAGCAAUUCUGCUUGAACUACACCGUACCGAAUUUGCACAGAAACUGUCUUUGGUCGCUAGUCAUGGGCAUUCUGCCACUUCACAGGAACUCCACGGACUACAUACGGGACCAACGUCGCGAGGUCUAUGAGGACCUGCUCCGGGCUGUGUCCGUGCUGCGUGGUGUGGACCAAAAGAAGGAGCUGGUCAUGCACACAAUGUGGCUGCUGGAAUCCAAUAGACUGUGGCACGGCAAUGCGAAUGCCACACUUCAGGCGGAUGACACUCAUUUCAUUGAAAUCAUGCGAACUCUGCUGCAAAUUUUCACCAACGAUGUGGAAACCUAUUGGAUAGCAAAGGGAUUCUACAAUUACACACGCGAGCUGAAAAAAGAAUGCCCCAAAUUAAAGGAGCAGACACAAAUCCUGCUCAAGCGCGAGGAUCUCUCACUGUUCAACCGCUUGGAGCAGCUGGGUCUAUUCGAGAGCACUUCGGUGUUGCUGGACAACUGGUACAUCACCUGCUUUGCUGGCGUCAUUUGUGAGACGGUGCUGGUGAAAAUCUGGGACAAGGUGGUCGGUGGGUCGCGCAAAAUUGUCGUGUUCCUCUUUGUGGAGCUAGUCAAGGAUAUAAGGUACCUGAUCCUCAAGCAAAGUUCUCUGGCAGAGGUCAAAAGGCUGAUAGAAACGGUGGAGGAUCCCGAUGGUGUCAUAGUUAACAAGGCCAUCAAGUCGCUGCAGAUAAACAACAGCGAAGUGGACUACACGCAUUAGACCACGUCCUUCUUGUCGGCCACCGUUUGCAGUUCCAGCGUGACGGGGCAUUGCAUCCAGUAGGAGAGCAGUUCCUCCGUGUAGCCAAUAAGAAAAUACAUUUUGCGUGGACUGAUGGCCUGGCGGAUGAUCGAAGCGAUGCGUAUUGUGUUGUGUUGGCGCUUAAUGAUAAUCUCGGAGCAGACCAGUGCAUGCCAGGUGCCGGUGAUGAACUUCCUUAUGAACAAAUCCUCAAUGGCCGUCUGUGACGGACGCUGCGAAUCCUGCAGUGUAGCUAUUGAAGUAGGGGUAAAUUUCGUAAAUAAACUAUCGACAAUAUACUGCCCUCGAA